GAUCGGCGUCUUGUGGAAGGACGGAGAGGUUUGGCAGACUCGCGUGCUCCUUUGUGCUGGUACCACCGCCGACGCCGAGAGCGACCUCCAGAUGACUGGUCUGAAAGCAGCGGGGAAGAACGGGAACAUCUGGUACGCUUUCACGCCAGACGGGGACGUGUACAUUCACGUUCUGGAGCCCCCGGGAGUCCGGGGGUCGGCGCUGUGCGAUCAGAUGGGCCUGCCAGAGCGGACCGGGUCCUUGCAGUUCGGGAGGACCUGGCGAGCAGGGGGCAGGAUCUACGGACAGGAGUGGACCCCGACGCCAGAGGAGUUCGUCGACGCGCUGCAGUUCGCGCUGGGCGGCUCCUUGUUCGAGGCAGCCCCACAAGUGGCGGACAAGACGGUCUCGGUGCUGCGACGGAUGAGCAAGAAGGGGCCACUCCCAGCUGGCGCGGGCUUGGCUGGGGCAGCUCCUCCGAGUAGCUUUGUGCGUGGCUCGGGUGCCCUGCCGUCCGCGGUGGGGAUGCGCUGGCAGGUUCAGGCCGCCAGCGGCCCAACACCCGAGCGCCGCCCGCUGCAGGACUACGAUGUGGACGAGUACUGCACCGCGGGCGGCUUCGCGCUGGCGUCGCAGGAAGGCGAGCUGCUCCUGCUGAGAGAGGUCGAGAAGGCCUCACCUGAGGAUGACACGGAGGUGGACGCCAGGCUCUUGCCGCUCGUGGAGGUCGAGGGUGUGCGCAAGCGGCACUUCAAGGACUCGCUCAAGCGGCUCACGGAGACGGCCUGGCGAGAGUGGCCCGUGCGCGGGCCACGUGCGACUGUCUGGUGUGCCAACUUCGUGGGCGACCAGGACGAGUUCCUCUGCAUGGGGGCGGCGGAGACGAGGGGGCUGCUCAUGGUGGCCCCGGAGUUGCAGGCCCACAUCUCGGACGAGCUGCACCGCGAGUCGGCGGUGCUCAUGGAGAGGCGCAAGCUCCGCGAGGAGCGCCUGGCGUCCCGCGGGCUGCCACCGGCUGGCGGCGGCGGGGGCUCGGCGUCCGCGGCAGCGAUGGAGACGAAGAUCAAGCAGCAGGCGGCGGAGCUCUCGAGGCCCCAAGCAAAGCUCAACCUCGGCGGCGGGGGCGACCCAGCCACGGGAGAGAGGCAGGCCGCGGCCAAGGGCCGCGGCCGAGGCGUCAGCCGUGCUGUGCGGUCACGUGUUCGUCGGCGCACAGCUUGCUCGUCCUGGGCCAAUGAGAUCAUCGACGCAGUCAAUAAUUUGUACUUCCACGGCGAGGUACAGCAGCAUCACUCCGUCUCAGCUGGGCAGCAGCUCGCCCUGGACCACACCCGUGACGUGGUGCAGCGAGCUGGGCCGCCCAUGAUCGAGCCCGCGGCAGCCUUUCGAGUGCUGUGCGGAUCGGCGCCAGGGUGCACUGAGCCCUCGGCAGAACAUUCACCCUAUCGACGAGGCGCAGUCUCGUUGCCGGCACCUGGAGCGGACCUUGCUCGUGGCGACGUUUGUCUUCGAGGGCCGGCAUUGCAAAUGUGGACAGGGUGGCGAGACUGUCUCUUGCACUCCAACCCGGACCUCUCCGGGGCAGUGCGGCCGUACUCUGACCCCGAGCUGAUUCGGGACAUUGGCACGAACGCCGAGUUUUUGGUGGACAUGGCACGUUCAGGGCUCGUCUCCUUCACGAGCGAGAGGCCAUCCACCGUGGGGGUCUUCUUCGUAAAGAAAGGUCCAGAUCGUCUCCGACUCAUUCUGGACACUCGACGAGCAAACAAGCUGUUUUUGGAUCUUUGCCACACCCAGCUCUCUACACCAUCGAGCUGGUCUUCUCUCUACUUGCCACCCGAGGCGGAGCUGAUGAUGACUCAGACCGACGUCAACAACGCGUUCUACCGCAUCCAGCUCCCCCCCGGCAUGAACGACUACUUCGUCCUGCCCAGCAUCGACGCAAAGUGGAUCACCGAGGCCGCUCCUGAUCUGGCCCCUGGUCUCCCCUCAGGCAUCCGCAUCUCCCCUCGCAUGGAGGUGCUGCCCAUGGGGUUCAACUGGGCGCUGUUCUUCUGUCAGGCGAUGGUCCGCAACGCCGCGGAGGACGCCGGCUUCGCUGACGGGCGGAUGUUCUUAGACCGCCACUCGGCCCCCGACGUCGCCACCGAGCCAGGCGCCGCCGUGUACGUCGACGGCGUGGCCGUGGUGGGAACGGACCUGGAGGCGGUCGAGGCCGGCGGAGUCGCCGUGGCCGAGCAGCUGGAGGAGCGCGGCCUCCAGGUCAAGGGGGUCGAAGGCCCUUCGGACUCCCAGACCUUCGCGGGGAUGGAGUUCGAUCGGGCCUCCGGCCGCAUCUCGCUCAGCCGCGAGAGGAUCUGGAGGCUGCGCGCGGCCCUGCUGUUUGCUGCGGACCAGCGCUACUUGACUGGACGCCAGAUGCGGCGCCUGGUCGGCCACUACACGUGGAGCGCGACUCUGCGGCGUGAGCUCCUCAGCGUCUUCAGCAGCGUCUACGCCUGGGCGGAGAAGGCGGGCGACAAGAGGUGGCGCCUGUGGCCUUCGGCCGAACGAGAUCUCCGGCAGGCCGCCGCCCUCGUGGCCUUCGCCUUCGCGGACCCUAAGCGCCCGUUCCACGCCGCGGUCGUGGCGACCGACUCCUCAGGCGCCGGGCUGGACGACGCCGGCGGCUACGGCGUGGUCACGCAGGAGUGGCCCGUGGAGAAGGUCCGGCGCUGCUGUGGGCAUGCCGAGAAGUGGCGCUACGGGGUGCAGGGGCUCGUCGCGGCCAGGGCGGCCGCGCUGGGCAGCCCCGCAGACCCCGGCCCGCCCCGCCCAGCGGCGGAGAACGGCGAGAGGACCACGGACUUCGAGAGCAUGACGCGGGACGACAUCGGGGCCUUCGAGAACUGGAAGCUGGCGUGCCGGGGCCGAUGGGCCCGGGCCGAAGGCAUCCUGAGGGCCGAGGGCCGAGCAUGCAUGAUCGGCUUCCGUCACGAGCUGAGGUCGUGGAGAUGGGUCGCCUCAGAGUUGAAUCCAUCCGACCGCGCGUCCCGACUCCCGGGCUUAGCCAUCUCGCUGGGCGGGGGCGGGCCCCGCGCGGCGGGGGGCGAUGUUGCGCCGUCCGAGGCCGUGCUCGCCAGCCGCUUCGAAGCCGAGCUGGAGAGCGCGGCCCGCAGCCUUGGGCCCGCCCUUGGCGGGGACGCCUGCGGCCGCCCCCUCGCCGGCCUUGGGGGCCAGCUCGCUGCUGAGGAGGCCGGGCUCGGCGCUGCCGCCGCGGACGCCGGCGAGCUCAGCGACAGCUCCUCCAGCUCGGGGGAGAGCUGGCCAGCCGGCGCCGGCGGCAGCGACGGCCAGGCGCGGGAGAUCGCCGAGGCCCGGCGCCACGGCUUCACCAGUCUCCAGAUGGCCAAGAUCGGGCCUCGCUCCCGCGCCCAAUACCAGAAGUUUCACCAGGCCUUCUUGGAGUGGAGCAGCCAGGAGGGUCAGCCGCUGGACACCGACCUCCAGAUCGACCGGGCCCUCAGCAGGUACAUGGACUACCUGUGCUACGAGGGCUUCAACGAGGAUGCGGGCGAGAAGGUGCUGGCGGCCGUGGCCUUCCACGGCCCAGUGGAGGGCAUGGAGCUUCCAGGAGCUCGCCGGGCGCUGGCGGGGUUCCGGCGCCGGGCGAGCGCGAGGGCCCGCAGCCCCCUGCCACUGGCGGGCGUGAUGGCCAUCGUUGGUGCAGCGGCAGCCGACGGCCAGCUCCCCUUUGCCCUGGGGCUGGUGCUGGCGUGGGAGGCCUACCUCAGGCUGCCGUCCGACCUCGUGAGCAUGGUGGGCGCCUCGCUGGUCAUGCCAGCCGCCAGGAGCCCCCAGGCGUGCUGGGGCCUGCUCCUGUUUCCUCAGGAGGGGGAGGCGCGCAGCAAGAUGGGACACUACGACGAGGGGAUCAUGCUGGACGACCAGUUCGGACCCACGCUAGCGCCUUUCCUUCGCCGGCUGAAGGCCCAGACCUCCGACGCCAGCCCGCUGUGGUCCUUCUCGAGCGCCGCCUUCAGGCGCCUGUUCAACGAGUACGCUGCGAAGGUCAGCCUCGGAGGCAAGAACCCCUACCAGGUCAGACACGGGGGGGCCUCGCUGGACGCUCUGGAGUGCCGGCGCAGCCUGAAAGAGAUCCAGGAGCGGCUCCGCCACCCGUGCGAGUCCAGCACCCGUCGGUGCAAGAAGGGGACCAGGUACCUGGCCGAGGUCAACGACCUCGACAGCCGGGCCCGCGCCUACGGCGAGCAGGUCCUCAGGCAGCUCGACGGGGUGCUGAGCGACGCCCUGGAGGCGGUCGAGCGGGCCUCAGACACCAAGGUGAUCCACCACCUCCGCCAGGGGCUCGCCCGGGCCAGCCGGCGGGGCCGGCGCCGUGGGCAGGUGUUCCUUGACCUGUUCAGCGGUGCUGGCGGCGUCGCGAAGGCCCUCGAGCGCCAUGGCGACAACGGCUGCAUCCAGAUUGACAUGGAGGCCGACGCAGCCUUCGACCUCACCCGCCGCUCGGCCCAGCAGCUCAUCUUGGGCUGGAUGGCCGGCAG